GUCAAGCACGUGUGGCGUUUCACAUGUUGUCUCGUCACUGUAAAGUGAAUUCGGGCGAAAAGAACGCUAGCUAGAAAACUAAAAAUGACGUCGAAGAAAUGGCUACAUGGAUUUUUUGAGCAAAGUACUAAACGUCUUGGCUUCAACAAAUUACAAUACUGAUGCACGUUUAAUGAAACGGGAAUGAGGGAACAACAGUAGUUUCUGUCAUAGUCUUUCCUUGCUUGCUUCGUUGUCCCAGACCCAGAACACACUACAAGAGAUGCUUUCACUUGGCAGCUCGUCCAAACGGCUGCCACAUGACUCCCUGUCUUCACCUGCCUACUUCAUGUUCAGUGAGAGUGACAGGACAGAAGACAAGUCCUCCUCAGGAGCCUUUUUAGAGGGAGAAGGGGAGACUGGUUCAGGCAAGCCUAGCUGUUCGCCCUUCACCCUGGGCAGGCAGGCCCCAGAGAGUCCUGAGGCAUGUUUGGACUAUGUAGAACAUCAUAGUUCUGAACAUGAGAAUGACCAAACAGGGCACGACCACAAACCCCCAAAAUGUGCUGGUCUGACUUCUGUAUCAGCUGCUAGAGAUCCCAAAAAAGGAGUCUUUUCUCACAAAUGCAUGGAACUACAUGGUUAUGUCAGACCACUGCUGGAACUGCUGAAUGGAUUAAAAACAGGGAGGUAUGAUAGAGGUCUGAGUACAUUCCAGCAAAGUAUUGCCAUGGAUAGGUUGCAAAGAAUUGUGGGAAUUCUGCAAAAACCUCCCAUGGGAGAGAAGUACAUGCAUACACUUCUGCAGGUAGAGAUAAUGUUAAAGAUUUGGUUUCCUCAAGUGGCUCCCUGUGCCCCCACCUCUCUGUCCCAAAACUCCACCUCCAGCCCUCCACCACAUCAGCAUCAGCUACCUGUAAAGAAACGGCGAUUAAAUUCGUCAGACCCAGAGCUGCAAAGUCUUACCUAUUCAAGUUGCAAAUGCACUCAAGAUGAAGAUCAAGGAUGGCAUCCCAGUCAAAUGAUCUCAGGGCUUCCCAGUCAUGCAACAGCACCUAUUGCAGAGGGUAAAGAUGCCCUUCUUAGAAAUGAAGGACCAGUGAUACCAGAAUCACAAGGUAUCUGCAACCUUGAAAUGGGCAGCAACAACCUAUCCCUGAGUGAGACUCAGGCAGCUAGAGGGAGUGUCCCCUCACUUGUACUACCACCUCCCUCCACAGGUGGGUGCUGCUUAGACACACAGGACUGUUCGGUCUCUUCUACCACCCUUACUUCAGACCCAUACUAGACUAGACAGAAAGGGUUUGGUAACACUCAUCUAUGAACACAAGUCAGUAUGUGAAUGGAGGAGACAAGAAAGAAAGGCAAUAUAAACACUCAUACAACAGAGAAGCUAAACAUAUAGCAUUAAGCAGAUCAUUCUACAAUAUACCAUAUACAAUGGAGAAUAAGGUGUUUCUAUGAAAAUUCUGUUCUCUCUAGACAUCUUGCAACUCUCCAAUGAGGAAUUCACAUUUGCAAUUGAAAUAGCUGUUAUCUUAACAAAUGUACUUCAGCAUGUUGAGCAGCAAAAAGAGUCACUAAAGCAUACCUGCUUCUACAAUACUUAGUUAUACUGCAGUUAGAUGCCUAAACCAAUAUAAACUACAUCUACAGCUAGGCUAUACCUAUAUACAGAAUAAUUUUUGGUAUACUACCCAGAGUCAUUACAGCACAGUAAGAUGACAAAAACCUUAACCACCUGUAGCUUCUAUACCUGUAAACUACCACUAUGGAUGCAAAAAGAACAAAACCUCAAAGUGAUUUAAAAGCUGGAAUUAAAAAAAAUAUUUUACUUGAAGACACUAGGCUUACUGAUGUAGCCUUAAAAUGACACCUAAGAUCCCCAAGAACCAGUAUAUCAAUUGAGUUCAUGAAAACUCACCACCAUAACUCUCUUGUGUAUUUUAUUCAGUGGCAAAGAACCUAACCAAUCAGUUUAAGGGUGAAACAGGUGGCUGUGAAAUUUAAUAUGAAAAACAAAUUGUGGACAAAUUGUAUCAUUGCCAAAUAUGACAUGCACAUCUGUCAUAUAAUUGCUAUGUAAAACCUUUUGCACUAUUUAUUCCAUUUAGUUAAAAAGAUUAGUUGUGCUUUUGUAGUUAAUACAUUUCAAACCAUUGUACUGGAAACAAUUCUAUUUUUGUUUGUUUGUUUUUACAAAACCUAUAUGGUGUUACUUAACUGAUGCACAAUACAUUGGCUAUUAGCAUGUACAACAUCUUAAACUAAACCUUUCCUUCCUAUCUUUAUAUAGGAUGGAUUUGCAAGCAAGCCUGACAUGAGUGCAAGUAUUGUGAAUUACUCUGUCUAAGGAGCAUGGCUUCAUAAGAGUUUUUGAAUUUUAAUAGAGGUCAAUACAAAUUCUACAUUUAUUGACCAGAAUUCUAUGUUUCGUUUACAAACGUGAAGUCCGUCUCUAGAUUUCUUGUGUUGAUUGUGCCCACUCAGGAUCAAAUGUUGAGGAUAAAGUGUUACAAUUGGAUAUGUAUCAUUUAAGGUAUAUUACUAUCAAUAGAAAGCAUGGCAAUAUUUUCAUGAAGUAACUGUCUGCCUUUAGACUAAUACAAGGUCAUAGACAGUGAUAAGCACAGCAAUAUUAAGAGAAGGAGAAUGUGACAUGAAAAUAUAAGACUUGCCUCAUUGUGUGUGAAUGACUGCAGAAGAGGGGAUUCCCUCAUGUGUGUAAUGGGAAGUGUGUUUGCAGCCAUCUUAACUAUAGUACAGUACUGUCGUGAUGUACUUUCACAUAUUAAUGUUGUAAUAAUUUACAUAAUUAAAAUCUUUUUAAUCUUAAACCUUGGUGCAUCUUCCCCUGCCAGCUAUUUGCUUUGUUGCAUCAAAUUAUGUUUUGAAUGUAGUUUUACUGAAAAUGAAAUAUUUUCAGAAAAUUAAAUGUUCUCUUUAAAUUUGUUUAUGAAGCUAUUGAGACUUCAAUUUAUGAUGGAUUUAAAUUUUUAUUGAAAAUUGAUACCCAUCUAAACAUUUUUCUUCUUUUUUUAUAUGUGCUGAAACUGUUUAGUCAUGCUUAUUAAUGUCAGACCUUUAUGUAUGAAAUGUGAACUGACCCAAUUACAGGGUAAUUGAUUCUGUAAACUAUAGAUGCUUUAGAUAGCAUAUUUGGUAACAGGUUGAUGAAAACCAUGCACAACAUUCAGUGGUCAAAGCAACGCACCAUGCACGUGACCUAUUUACCACCCUGGAAUGAGAGCUUGUGCCAAUGUAUAAGAAAAUGUUAAUUCAAAAUGUGAGACUUGGAUGAUCUUUAGAAUAUGAUCAGAGUACUGCCCAAUUGCAUUUCUUAUUUUUAUCCCACCCCUUAUUUUCGAGUGUCUACUUGCUCCUUGGAGUUACAAAUGGUAAUGGUUCAAAUGUUCCCAUAUGAAAUGGGACAAUCCUUCAAGCACCUAAUGUAUCAUCAGUAAUUGUUGACAGCUUAAUAUGCAGUCCUCAGCUGUGGUGAUCUCUCUUGCAUGGGCUAUGGGUAUCCUUUUUGGUUGUCUGUAGUUGUUGUUCACAACUUCAAUUUUAUGUUUCAGUCGGUCACCAAAUAAAAAAGGACACUGCUUCA